ACUGAUUACUAUUUAAAGCUUGCUAUUACAUGUAGAAUGACUUCCGUUAUUCAAAAUACCGAAUCACCAUCUCAUCAUAUUUCGGUAGAAUUAAAUAUUGAUGGUAAUCCAAAUGUUUCAAAGGUAACUCUAGCCGAACAAAUUACUUAUUUAGAAAAAGAUUUUAUACUUGUUGUUAAAAGUCUGGGUCUCGAUCAGCCAAGGGCCUUUGUCGAAUAUAACCCUAAGACAGAAACUAAUUGUGUAAUGCUAACUUUAGUACCAAAGUUUGCCAUUAAUGAAGUAAUGUCAGAAUUAAUUUUUAUAAUUGAUAGAUCUGGUUCAAUGGAAGAUGGACCUAUUAAGAAAGCAUCUGAGGCACUCCAAUUAUUGCUUCUUUCAUUACCUGAAAAUUGUCUUUUUAAUGUGGUAUCAUUCGGAUCCCAUUUCGAUUCUUUAUUUAAAAAGAGUCAACCUUAUUCUGAAGGAAGUUUUUCAAAAGCUCUCAAACAUGCUCAAGAAAUGGAUGCAAAUUAUGGUGGAACCGAAAUUUAUGAUCCAUUAAAAUGGGUUUUUGAAAAUUCAAGGAAUGAUAUGCCAACUUCCGUUUUUCUUCUUACUGAUGGUCAGGUUUAUAAUGUUGAUCAAAUUGUAGAACUCAUUAAAUCUAGCGAAGAAAAAAAGAAGGACGAUUUAAGGCUUUUUUCAAUUGGAAUUGGCGAUUCAGUUUCUCAUCAUUUGGUUGAAUCUGUUUCUCGUGCUG